CCCAGUACUCCCAGUUCCCCCCCCGCUCCCAGUGUCCCCGCGGGGUCAGGUGACAGCGGCCCGGGGGGGGGCGGGGGUGGCGACCCCACUUCCCCUUCGGUGGCCAUAAAGGGGCGGCGGGGGCGGCCCGGGGGGACAGCGGCGGCCGCGACGAUGCCGGCGCUGCUGUGGCUGUCGCUGCUGGUGAGCGCGGUGACGCCCGGUGCCGGUGCCGGUGCCGGUGCCGGUGCCGCUCUGACCUUCCUGGCCCUGGGCGAUUGGGGGGGGCUGCCCGAGCCCCCCUUUGUCACCCCGCGCCAGGCGGCCACGGCGGCGGCCAUGGGCCGGGCGGCCACCGAGCUCGGCGGGGACUUCGUGCUGGCCCUGGGCGACAACUUCUACUUCUCGGGGGUGCGCGACGAGUGGGACCCGCGCUUCCAGGACACCUUCGAGCGCGUCUUCGUGUCCCCGGGGCUGCGCGGUGUCCCCUGGUACGUGAUGGCCGGGAACCACGACCACGCGGGCAAUGUCACCGCGCAGCUGCGCUACAGCCACCACUCCCCGCGCUGGCACUUUCCCCACCCGUACUACAGCCUGCGGCUGCAGCUGCCCGCCUCCAACGCCUCGGCGCGGCUGCUGGUGCUGGACUCGGUUCUGCUCUGCGGCCCCGGGGACGAUUUCGGCGGGGGCCCGGCGGGGCCGCGGGACGCGGCGGCGGCGUUGGCACAGCUGGGCUGGCUGCGGGCACAGCUGGCGGCGGCGGAGGGCGACCGGUUCGUGCUGGUGGCCGGGCACUACCCGCUGUGGUCGGUGGGCAAGCACGGCCCCACGGGCUGCCUGCUGCGCCUGCUGCGCCCGCUGCUGCGGCGGCACCGCGUCAGCGCCUACCUGUGCGGGCAUGACCACAACCUGCAGUACCUGGAGGAGGGCGGCGUGGGCUACGUCCUGAGCGGCGCCGGGAACUUCAUGGAGGACUCGCGGCCCCACGCGGGCUCGGUGCCCCCCGGUGCCCUCCGCUUCUUCUUCGGGAGUCCCGCCAGCCCCGGCGGCUUCGCCCACGUGCGCCUGGAGCCCUCCGCCGCCACCGUCACCUUCCUGGAGGCCACCGGGCGCGUCCUGCACCGCGUCACGCUGCCGCCGCGCCACCCGUGACCGGGGACACCGGGACACCGGGACAGCGGGACACGGGAACAGCGGAGAGCGGGACACCGGGACAUGGGGACAGCG